AUGGAAAAUUUUCAGGCUGCGGACAAGUCGCGUGUUACUUUGCUAUUCACGGAAUUCUUAAAUAAGGACUGUGGUGAUGCUAUCGAAGGCCGUCUUGGGUCAAUUGGCGCGACUAAAGAAUCAGAUGUCUUUUCUUUGGUUGUUAAUUUUUCCAGUCUCUGCGAGUUUAGUAGUGUCCUCUCCCAAUGCCUUUUGUCUUCUCCUUUAGACACUUUGUCCGCAUUUGAUGAGGCACUGAGUUGUUUUAUUGCAAAUCAUUCUGGUAUUGGCAGGUCUCCCGUCAGGUGUGCGGUCCGCAUUGUUUCUCUCCCUCCUAUGUCGGAAGUCUUCCGGCAUGUUAUGCCGAAAUCCGACGACGUUGGACGCUUUCUUGCUCUGCAGUGUACCGUAACUCGCGUUGGUGCAAUUCAGGUUGUGCAAUUAGAAAGAUCCUACUCUUGUUCGAAAUGUGGGCACACAUUUAAGGUUGAGGCUGAUUUCAAUCAAUUCUAUGCACUGUCUCCGCCAAGCCGCUGUCCAAACUCAGCUGACAAGUGUGUCUCAACGACGUUCAAUGUAGUUGAUGAGGAAGGUCUGUCACCACUCCAUAGUUUUCAAGAGAUCCGUGUUAAUGAAAGACUUGGUUACUUAGCUGUCGGAAGAAUGCCAAGAUCAAUGGUGUGUUGUCUUGAUGCCGAACUAGUUGAUGCUGUUCGGCCUGGAGACGACGUGAUUAUUAAUGGGAUCCUUACUCACCGGUGGAGGUCUCCGAAAGUUGGAUCAUCUUUUGACAUAGAAACUGUAUUUCGUGCUAAUUCGAUUGAAAACCUUUCCGAAAUGCGUUUUCGUGGUGAAUUGGGUAGUGCUAACUGUACUCAAGAAAUGGGUAGACGUUUCGGAAAUUAUUGGUCGCUUGUUAAACCCAAGAACAGUUUCAAGGCAGCUUUGGGUCUGCGCGACGAAAUCGUGAGAAGUAUAUGCCCAGAUGUAUAUGGUCUUUACUUCGUAAAACUGUCCUUGGCUCUUGCUCUUGUUGGAGCACCGCCGUGUCAAGAUAAUUUUGCAACGGGCACCACAGCUGCGGGACUGACGGCGGCAGCAGUGCGGGAUACCUCAGGAUGGGCACUGGAGGCGGGCGCUCUAGUGCUUGCAGACGGCGGCGUCUGCGCGAUCGAUGAGUUCACUAGCCUCCGCGGAGCCGAUCGUGCUGCUGUGCACGAGGCUAUGGAACAGCAGACUGUUUCCUUGGCCAAAGCAGGCCUCGUAGCUCGACUAAACUGCCGCUGCGCCGUAAUCGCUGCCUCUUCUCUACCUACUGGAACCGAACACAGCUCCAACCUUUUGCCUACUCCUUUGCUAUCACGGUUCGACCUGGUCUGGCGCCUUCUUGAUCCCAUUGGCUGUGAGGCUUGGGACUCCGCUGUUGCUGAUCAUGUUCUUGGCUUUAAAUCAACAGAUCAAAACGGGGAUGACGGUGAAAAGGAGAAGCCCGCAAGGCGGAUAACUUGGACAACUGAAGAGUUGCGAAAUUACAUAUCAUGGGUUCGAGGAGAAUUUCAGCCCCGUCUCUCGAGUGAUGCGGCGAUCCUUCUGCAACGGUACUAUGAACUGCGUAGACGUACACUGCGACGAAUGCAUGGGGCGGAGGAUGAUCAUGUAGUGGCGGGCAGGACGACCUUGCGUCUUCUCGAAAGUCUGGUCCGUCUGACACAAGCUCACGCCCGUUUAAUGGCUCGCCAUGUUGCUGUUGUUGAGGACGCUGUCAUGGUGAUUUGGCUGAUGGACUGCUCUUUCCAAUCGACAUUUGGUCGCAGCGCUUCGGCCAUCAAAGUGAAUGGGCGCUGCUUGAGUCCUGAAGAGACCGUCAAGUGUCACAAUAUGGAGUGCACAUUCGAAGAAAUCCUUGAGUUUGUCUUUGCACAACUGAAUCUGGGUCCUGAGGACAUCGGCAAUGGGUGGUUUGGCCGUAUCUCCUCUUCCACAAAAUCGGAAUUCCAACCCAUACACACGUCCACUCAGAUGAAAAGCCAAAGUAUAGCCGAACACCGGUUCUUCUGUCCUAGAGCACUAUCUGGUGAUGCCGUAUUCCCUAUUGGUAGCGCUAGAAACUGCGAUGAACUAGGUGUAGAGCAUGCGAGUUUCAAAACAAUCAGCGACUCCCUUGACCUUUAUGCUAACAGUUCCGAGCCUCGCGAAGUUACCUAUAUCAAUGAACUGCCUGCUGUAAUCACCCCCAAAUUGACUGGAGAAAAGUGCCAGUUUUUCAAACCAGGUUCAGGAGUUUGUCUUACAAAUGUUUCUCCUGUUGAAGACCGUGGAAUUAAAGAUAAAUCUACACCAGAGAUACUGUUGACACCUACUGUGAAGGAAAGACAGAAUUGUGCAGUGAAGGUGAUGCCGCAGGUUUCAGUUCUGAGGACCCAGUCACAGCUUUCCAGUGAAUCCUCGAUCGACAACUCAGGCCAAACCAAAUGUCCUAUAACUAUCUUGAAGAAAGGCAAUAAUGAAAAUGUAAUAAAUUUACGCAUUAAAGGCAAGCUGUCUCACUUCACCUUCUCUGAAGGCACUGCUCUUUCUCCAAGUAAAGCAGAAGUCUUGCAGAUGGGAUUGGGUAGUGAUGCUGAAAACAACAUGCCAUCGAAACGUGUCAAAUUCAGAUCUCGAAAGGACUUCUUGAAUUUUCAAGACCUAGCCCCCGAAGACUGGACCUUCGCCAAUAUUGACACAGACUUUGAUUUGUAG